AGUCUAAGUACGAAAUAAAGCACAUACUGUACUGGGAUUUCUUGAUGUAAAGGUUAUACCUAUUGUGCUGAUUUAGGGUUGGCAGCGUCGGCGAUGGGAAACCCCACCAUGUAAUAUGUGAUGCACGUAUUCGACGUUAUUUCAAAUAUAAACUAUGGACUUUAAUGCACGGUCGUCUGCUAAAGGUUUGUGCUAAAUUGGAGUCUACAAAGCGGGUGUUAUAUUACUGAAUCACACAGUUUACAUGUGGUUGUAGUACAUUGUAUUCGUUUUGUAUUGUAUUUAAUUGUAACAAAAUCAGUUGAAAAAAAUAUAUAUUGUUUUCCUUUAAACGGAGUGCUUAACUUCAGAAAGUAGGUGUGCUUGUGCGUAGACUGCAAUGGUAUCUCUGGAAUACUGCAUACGUUGGAAUUUCAUUACUGCUGCUGGAUUAGAUGAAAAGUAACCUUGCAGUCAUAGGCUGCUGGCACAUUUCUGAACAUUAAUUCUGCUUCGGAAAAAAAAAGCCAUGGAUUUCUGAAAUUAGAUUUAACAUUAAGGGAAAAUACAGCUUUACUUAGAAAAAAAAACAAUAUUGGUUCGACUUUUGACAAAAAAAAAAAAAAAAAAAAAGCGCACACACACAAUAUAUAUAUAUAUAUAACUAGUAAGAGUGACAUUGCCUGCUAAUUCAGCAACUCUGGAUUUUCCUUUUUUCUGCAAAUUACGUUUAAAUGCUGCGAUGGAAUAUGUAACGCUGUGACAUUAAAAAUCCAUAUUAUCGACGAUUUCUUUAAUAGGAAAUAUUUACUGCAGCCACCCGUUUCAAGAGAGACUAACAUUUUAGACACUACUGUUCCCCUACUACCCUGGGCGUUUGUGAACUGACAGGAUUUUCUUUGUUCACAUGGCAUUGAGUCACACUUUGAUUCGUUUUGGCCUUAUUACCAAGAAAAAAGGAUAAGCCCUAGCAGUACUCUUUCUUGUACCCUUUAAACUGAGCAAUCAAGUUCACCUCUGGUUACGUGCAGUGGGACAGAAAGGAGGAGGAGGAGGUGGAGAGAGCGAGAGACUGCAAUAUCAUUUGUGAAUCGUUCAGAGUGCUGCAGAUACAGAUUGCUAACACAUGCAGUGCAAAUGCAGGUGAAGACUCGCAGACUCAGCAUGCUGGACUUGGAACGGCUUAAUUCUUGGAUCUUAACUACAAGUCUUCAGCAUUUUUUUGGAAUUACAGUUAUCCAGCAUUUACUUAAACAGCUCAGUUGGUUUGUUAUAUGCAGCAGCUAGUACAAUUUUAGAGAAGCUUUUUUGCAUUGUAAGGCACUGGAUGAAAAUACAUCUGAUCACUUGGAUCAGAGGAAGGACACGUUACACACUGCCCAUAUUCUGCUACAAGGUAAGAAGACGAAGUGUUUUGCAAAGUAUCAUUAGUUUGGAAUUAAUACGAUUUGGUUCUGCAAGAGGGAACUGCAAAUUAAGUAUAGACUGCCAUACGAGACUGGGAUAUAAAACAGAAGAAGCGUUUGGAGGUGCAGUAGUUUUUUUGUGUUUGUAUGCAUAUACAAACAAACCAGAGGACUUGGAUGAAUUGGUUAGUGAAUGAACAGAGCAUGCUUUGCUUGUGAAUUUUUUUACACGCCGGCUCAAGUGAAAAAAAUAAAUAUCCUAGCAGCUCCAAGAACAUAGAGUGCUAAUUGUAAGGUUGUUAAAAAAAAGUACGUUAUACAACGUUAACAAAAAAAAAAAAAAACGGAGGUUUAUUGAGAUGCCACUGUUUUUUAUAAAGUGUAAAUUAUAUGAAACGCUGUAAGAAGACGCACGCGUUUAAAGUCGCAUGCAUUCUAAGCCCAGUUUUUGAGAAGAGACUAAAUAAUUUUAAGUACCAGUACAGGUAUCAAUAUGAUUUUUUUUUAACAGCAUUUAUUGUCAGUAAAAAAAAAUAAAGAAAAAACACACAACAACACCAAUCAAGACUGCAGCUACGAACAAAAUAAUUGUAUAAAACCAUGAGGACUAUUGGUGCAGUGGACUGUUUGUGCUACGGGGUGCUCAUCCUGCAGCUUUUGCUGACCCAGGCAGCAGCUAAGCAAGUGCUGCGAUAUCGGUUGGCAGAGGAAGGACCUUCUGAUGUUCGGAUAGGAAACGUAGCCUCAGACCUAGGAAUCGUAGCUGGUUCUGGCGAGGUCACUUUCACACUUGAAUCGGGAUCUGAUUAUUUUAAAAUUGACAACAUCACCGGGGAGCUGAGCACUAAUGAGCGAAGGAUCGACAGAGAGAAAUUAGCACAGUGCCAAAUGAUAUUUGAUGAAAAUGAGUGCUUCGUAGAUUUCGAAGUGUCUGUAAUAGGUCCGUCUCAAAGCUGGGUUGAUCUGUUUGAGGGAAAGGUGAUCAUUUUAGACAUAAAUGACAACACUCCGACUUUCCCAUCCCCUGUACUGACUUUGUCUGUGGAAGAGAACAGACCUAUAGGGACACUGUAUUUGCUGCCCACAGCUACUGAUAGAGAUUUUGGCAGGAAUGGGAUAGAGAGGUACGAGCUUAUACAGGAUACUGGGGAUUCAGGUAGACGAGCUUCUGGGGGUCGUACAGAUAACGGGGAUAGCUAUGCAGGCAAAAGACGGCUUGAUGCUGAUGGGGCAGGGAGAAGCAAUGUUUUUGAACUUCAAGUUGCUGACACUACUGAUGGAGAAAAGCAACCGCAACUGAUAAUUAAAGGCGCACUGGAUAGAGAGCAGAUGGACUCCUAUGAGCUAACGCUGCGUGUCAGAGACGGUGGUGAACCCUCUAGAUCCUCACAAUCUAUCCUCCGAGUUUUGAUCUCCGAUGUGAAUGACAAUAGCCCCCGUUUUGAGAAAAGCAUCUAUGAAGCUGACUUGGCAGAAAAUAGUUCACCUGGGACCCCCAUACUACAGCUAAAAGCCACAGACGCAGACGUUGGGGUAAAUGGGCAAAUAGAGUAUGUAUUUGGGGCAGCAACUGAGUCAGUACGCAGACUGCUUCGAUUGGAUGAAAAUUCAGGCUGGUUAAGUGUUUUACAUCGCAUAGAUCGAGAAGAGGUGAGCCAGCUGCGCUUCACAGUAAUGGCAAGGGACAGGGGACAGCCCCCCAAAAAUGACAAAGCAACAGUUGUCUUAAACAUCAAAGAUGAAAAUGAUAACGUGCCAGUAAUAGACAUCAGGAAAAUUGGUCGAAUACCUUUAAAAGAUGGGAUAGCUAAUGUAGCAGAAGAUGUGGUAGUAGAUACCCCUAUAGCUUUAGUACAAGUGUCAGAUAGGGAUCAGGGGGAAAAUGGGGUCGUUACGUGCACAGUGGUUGGGGAUGUCCCAUUCCAGCUUAAACCUGCAAGUGAAAUAGAAGGAGAACAGAAUAAAAAAAAAUAUUUCUUGCACACUUCUGCCCCAUUGGACUAUGAAGCUACACAGGAGUACAGUGUUGUUAUUGUAGCAGUGGACUCUGGAAGUCCUAGUUUAUCCAGCAAUAAUUCAUUGACUGUAAAGGUUGCAGACACCAAUGAUAACCCACCAAUAUUUAGUCAAAAUGUGGUGGAGGUGGCAUUUGCUGAAAACAAUGCACCAGGAGAAAGAGUGGUUACUGUGGUUGCAAUAGAUGCAGAUAGUGGUAAAAAUGCUGAGGUUGCUUAUUCUCUCGACUCCUCUGUAUCUGGGAUAUUUUCUGUCGACCCAGAUUCAGGUGACAUCACAGUUAAUACUAUUUUGGAUCGAGAAGAGACUGAGAUAUAUCAAUUUAAAGUGAUUGCCAAAGACAAGGGCAUUCCUACGCUCCAGGGAUCUGCUACUGUCGUGGUCCAGGUAGCAGACAAAAAUGACAAUGAGCCCAGGUUUAUGCAGGAUGUUUUCACCUUUUAUGUGAAGGAGAAUCUACCACCUAACAGCCCCGUUGGGAUGGUUACAGUCAUGGAUGCUGACAAAGAUCACAAUGCAGAAAUGAGCCUGUUCAUUGAAGAGGAGGAUGAUAUUUUUUCCAUUGAAAAUAGUACUGGAACAAUUUAUUCCACCAUGUCAUUUGACAGGGAGCAAAAGACCACCUACACUUUUAGAGUCAAGGCAGUUGAUGGUGGAGAUCCAUCAAGGUCUGCUACAUCCACAGUAUCUUUGUUUGUGAUGGAUGAAAAUGACAAUCCACCUACUCUUACCUUCCCCAGUAAUAAUUCAUACACCCUCCUGCCACCAUCGAGCAGCGUGAGAACGAUUGUUGCUACAGUAUUGGCAACUGAUAGGGAUACAGGAAUUAAUGCUAAUUUAAACUAUAACCUGAUCGGAGGGAACCCAUUUAAACUGUUUGAGAUCGACACAGCUAGUGGUGUCAUUUCCUUGGUAGGGAAAUUAGCUAAAAAGCACUAUGGUCUGCAUCGACUGGUUGUACAAGUGAAUGACAGUGGCCUGCCUUCCCAAUCCACAAUAUCCCUUGUCCAUGUGUAUGUUAAUGAGAGUGUGUCCAAUGCCACAAUUGUGGAAGCCCAAAUCUCAAAGAGCCUGCACACAUCUUUGACACAAGACAUUGCAGGGGAUCCCAGCUAUGACUUUGGGAAACAAAGACUUAGCAUCGUAAUUGGUGUGGUAGCUGGCAUUAUGACUGUAAUUCUUAUUAUACUGGUUGUGGUCAUGGCACGAUAUUGUAGACCAAAGAAUAAAAACGGAUAUGAAGCUGGUAAGAAAGACCAUGAAGAUUUCUUUACCCCACAGCCGCAUGAUAAGAAUAAAAAGCCUAAAAAGGACAAAAAGAACAAAAAGUCAAAGCAAGCUCUGUACAGCAGUAUUGUAACCGUUGAAGCUUCAAAGCCUAAUGGACAGCGAUAUGACAGUGUCAAUGAGAAACUGUCAGACAGCCCAGGCAUGGGGCACUAUCGAUCUGUGAAUGGAGGCCCUGGGAGUCCUGACCUGGCAAGACAUUACAAAUCAAGCUCACCUCUGCCUACAGUGCAACUUCACCCACAGUCACCAACUGCUGGGAAAAAGCACCAGGCUGUGCAGGAGCUGCCCCCUGCCAACACUUUUGUCGGAACAGGAGAUACCAUUUCCAUUGGAUCUGACCACUGUUCAGAGUACAGCUGUCAAACCAACAACAAGUACAACAAGCAGCCAUUUCGCAGAGUGACGUUUUCUGUGGUGAGCCAGCCUCAGGACCCACACCAGGGAUCAUUGCAGAGUUGCUAUGAUAGUGGAUUGGAAGAAUCAGAGACGCCCAGCAGUAAGAGCUCGUCAGGUCCCAGACUGGGUGCCCUACCCCUCCCAGAGGACAACUAUGAGAGGACUACGCCGGAUGGCAGUGUUGGUGAGGCAGAGCAUAUGGAGAAUGAUCCAAGGCCAUUGCCAGAUGUAGCCAUGACAGGGAAGUGCACCAGGGAAUGCAAUGAAUUCGGUCACUCAGAUUCCUGCUGGAUGCCUGUCCGAACUUCGCCUGAAAGAAAACAGAAGAAUCAACCAAAGCUCUCAACAUUUAUGCCCACAACCGAAGAAGGCAGCCAGGAACAACUCGCCAACGGAGACCCCCAUCUCAUGGGUGAUCGCAACAGAAACCUCCUGAGCAAAAAGAUGCCAUCAUCUUAUGAGACCUUCAGUACAGCCAGUUUCGGCAAAAAUGAGGAUGCCAGCCCAGAGGACAUACCACUUACACAAACAGGAGUGUACAAGCCCUCUCCUGUUAAUACACUUACCAGAAGGGAAGUGUACCUGUAAGAUGAUAUAUUUGCACCUGCAAUGAAAAAAUAAGCAUAACUUUUCAAAUAAAAACAACAUGAAAGGGGAGCUACUAAUGAGAUAAAAAAAAAAAAAACUGCCACUACUGCAGACAAGGCAAGCUCUGAAAUACUUGCUGCCUGAUUGUAGUGUACAUUGUAGAAUUCAUUUUCGUAACUUGCAUGCCUAAUCUCCCUCACAGAUUUUAUUGUAAAUUGACGGUUGGAAAUCAGUUUAACAGAAAUUUAGUCUGAUUGAGAGGUACGCAGUGCAACAUUGAUAGCAACAGGAGCCAACUAGGGGUUGUUAAUAUGUCGUCAAACCUGAUCAAGAUGACAGGUCAAUUAAAUCUAAUCAGAAUUUGUCAUCUGAAUAUCAACAGCCCAUGAUGAGAAUGACACUUCAAAACAACAAAAAAUAAGAAAAAAGCAUGACAUCUUCAUAAAUAUGUAUCACAUCACGUAUGAACUUCAGGAAGACACAACUUUCACCAUGUGCCCCAAGGCUUAAGACAGUGCCACAAAGAGUGUUACCCUAUGUCAUGUACAAUUAAAUUAUACUACAUGGGUAUUAGUCUCUAUGAAAUCCAUGAGGUUAACUAAUACUACUUGAUAAGAGUCAGAUGGCACUGCUGCUAUGUAAGCAAAUCUUACUUGGACAAGUGUUUAUAUAUAUAUAUAUAUAUAUAUAUAUAUAUAUAUAUAUAUAUAUAUAUAUAUAUAUAAAUCUCAGUACAUCAUUAAUGUAAAAAUCAAGUCUUUGGAUUUAAAGUAGAUUUUAUAAAACCGGGAACUGAACUCUGAACAAGAAGAUGCAAGUUUAUAAGCCAUGAAUAAUCAGAAUUUGUUAAUUAUUGCUCGAAACAUCGAAAUAUGUGUAAACCUGGUUGUACAUAUCAGCUGACUGUCCAAGCUUAAAUGACACUUCAAACUGGAGGCCUUAGGGAAGCUGAUUUUACUCCUUCUGGCAUCAAAAAAGCAAACGUGAUGUUUCAUCAAAAUAGGACAACAAAGAAAUGUACAAUAGUGUGCCAUUUUACAGGCUGCAUGGACAUUUACAUAGAAGAUGGAUGGACUGCUGUAAUGUGAACACUCGUUCUGAGCACAUUCACAAGAUAUCAAUUUAUACUUAAUCUUUAGAUUGUAUUUUGCCCCAUAUGAUGGGAUUCAGUUUGCAGACUUGGAAUUUUCAUCCUUAAAGCAUGUGGAAGUACCUAAGCGCUGGGAUACAGCAAGCGGUGUUGUUGGCUUAAGCCCUGCAUUAACGUCUUAUCUAGGCUAUAGUGAAAGAAAAAAAAAACAUUAAGAAUAAUGCCACAGCUCUGGGCUGUUGCACUUUUGACAGCCUACACAUAUAAAAACAAGGAUGUACUACAUCUCACUGGAAGAAAAUAAUCAAAAUCUCUGCUGUGACUCAUAAACGAAGAAAGGGGGCAGAGAACAUGAUGUUUUAUAAUGAAAAUAAUGGGAGCCCCAACAAAUGGAAACCAUAGGCAAACCAAAGCUUUGGAAACAACAAACAGGCAUGAAGGCAUAACCUGAUAUUUCUCUGAUAACUUUUAGACAAACAAAAAAAUAGCUUUUGGUAGUUUGUUGCUUUAAAUACAUGCAUAUAUGUAAAUGUAUAGGUUGACUGGUCAGUAAAAUCCAAACUUCUUGCAACUUCUGUUUCAUUUCAAUAACUACGAACAAGUAGCACUGUUUUGUGCCCUUUUCUCUGUUGCAUAGACCUUGUUACAUUAACACUUCCUGUAAUUUCAGUAUAAAAAUAGUUAUGGUUUAAGGGAAAAAGCUCUGAAGAGAUAUGAGUAAAAAAGGAAAUCUCAAAUGAAAUAAUAAUUGAACUUUCUGUAUGUGAUUAUCUAAUUUAUAAAAAGCUAAUCCUUUGUUGCUGAACUGCUUAAUGUAGUACAGCAUUCUAUAGUCUAAGUACUUAUUGUUAAGAAAAGUGCUUCUAAAUCGCUUAGAAACUGUAAACAUAAAUAUGUAUUUUUAUUGCACGUUUAAAGAGAAUUUACUUCACGUAUUGCAAAGGAAUAAACAUGAAGUCCAUCCUGUUGCUUGCUUUUGUUAUAUCUUCAACAAGCAUUAGUCAUGUAGUCUGUUUUAGGGUACCAGUUUGAAUGUUAUGUUAUAUCAUCACACUACACAAGCACAUGUUAAAAAGGACAGAACCACUUGGAUGCAGCAUUCUUUCUUUGACGCUAAAUGGCUAUUAAGAUAUAAUAAUAAUUGUAGCGAGAGUUAUGUUACUUGUGAUGGUCUGGCUUUCCUCAUACAGUACACACAUUGAAAAAGUUGCAACUUUGAACUGGCAUGGCUUAGACUAAUGUUUUAUGUUUAUUUUUUAGUUUAGUUUUAUCAAUGCCAUUUUGUAUAAUUAGAGUGCUUCUGUAAAAAUAGAGUGAAUGCAAAAUAUGCAAAUUGUGCCUUUUUAUACCUAAUGGUAUGAUUCAGUGUUGGUGGGGAUUGGAAACAAAGAGUAAUGGGCUGCUUCAUAUUAUGUUUUGGACCUGUAUUUAACUGUAUUACACAGACUAGAUCAUUUAGGAUACAUUGUAAGUUGUCUUCUGGCAAAUCAGAUCAAAGAUCAGUCAAAAUUAUUUUGCAUUAGGAAACAAUGUAUGGAUAGUGUACUGUAUGGUUAAAUUAGGUUUGACAUGGUUGAUUAGGGAAAAAAAUACUUUUUUUAUCAUUAUUUCUAUGACUGUUAUGCAAUUCAUUCAGUGUUUUUAAAUACCAGUAUAUUUUUUUCUUACAAAACUUAUUUACAUUGAACAUUGUACACUAUAAUGUAGUUAUGUUAACAUAGCAGUCUAGUUUAAUCAGUGUUAUGCAACCAACACAUACCCAUUAUGUGGUGUUGUAAAACACAAAAAAAUACUUUUGACUGUUCAGUUAUGUGAAGUCCAGAAAUGACUGACGUUACUGUUGGAGAUUGGUGUAAGGUCAUGAAAGGUGCUGGCUGGAGGAUUACCCCCGGAAGUUUGAGAUGCAAAGCAAGUCAGAUUUCUUAUUGGCAUUCUUUCAAUUUUAAUUACAAUAGCAAAAAAAGAAAAAGAGAAUAAGAAAGCUGGUCAGACUGUGUGUGGUCAGAGGUCUGAAAAUAAUAUCAUUCAAAUCUCAUAUUUUUAUUGGUCUUGAGACAGAAUGUGGCUUCAUUAUAAUUAGUUUUGUGAUUUAGGUCAGACCCUAGUCGACUAUUGUCGACAAAAUCCCACAGUGUUUCACUGUUGCAAGUCUUAGCUUUAGACUUGGACUGAGGACAUGCACUAACAUACUAAUUACUCUCACUCCUGUAGAGGGCAGUCUUUCAAGAAUGUUACCAAAAGGAGGCAGGGAAAGCCUAGUAAUUAACUGUAAUAUGCUUGACUUGGUUUGAAAAAUACAUGGCUUAAGUUAGCUUAACGAUUCUGCCUCUCAUGAGCAAUACAUUCAUCUGUAGAUUAAUGAGUUUAAGAUUGAUUAUGGUCAGUACCGAACUGAAAUAAUAGUUUUGGUGUGAAAGCAAAUAAAGGCUAUAUAAAACCAGAAUACAUGGUGCAGUAAGUAAUAGGGGGAAUGCAGAAACACACAGAUGAUUGUCCACAAAAUAUCAAAGUUUUAGUAAAGUGAGAAAGAUAGCUGUUGUCAUUGAAAGUUCUUUAGAAUUUGAGAGAAUAGGCAUUAUAUAUUGAGAAUUAAAUUCUCAGAGGAAGUAGUUAUUUCCUUCCUGGGGUACAUUUUCAGCCAGCCUCUCCUAAGAUUUAAAGCACUUGCAUUCAGUGUGAUGAGAUCUGUUUGUAAUAUUAAUCAUAAACUAUUGUUCUGCGACAUGGAUGUUGAUAUUGAAGCAAGGAACAAUGUAAUAUUGUUUUAUUAUGAGUCACUAUGCACGCAGCUAUGCUGAACAUGGCAAAAUGUAUUGAACGCAAGUCCACUUAUUUAUGAAAUAUUUUACAUAAUUUAAUUUGCUUUUGUACAGUUUCCUGUAAAUAAAUUGCUUGUCAUUUUUGUCCCUGCAAAUUAAAAUAAUAACAUGUUAAAA